GACAGGAGGAAAUAGCGACCGAGAGCGACGUAAGAAACAACGGAGCUCCGGUUUUCGGCUUGUUUACUUGACGCAAAGCAUCCGUAACGUCGCGUCGUUGAGCUGCACGCCCGAGGAGAGAUAUGCCUUAAUGUAUUUCAUACCUGAGGCCAGCAUUAGGGAGACGACCUCUCGUCCGUACGUCAUCCAGAUGAGGGAUGCUGGGAGCGUGCGCCCCCACGCGUCCAGGAGAGACGCCGGAGUCUGGCACCAAACCAGAAGUCUCCUCUACAAGAACCUGCUCAUCAAAUGGAGGACCAAGCAACAGAGUCUGCAGGAACUGAUCCUCCCUCUGCUCCUGCUGGGUCUCCUGAUACUCAUCAGCACCCUGAAUCCUCACGUUUACUACGGGGGCAUCAGCACCAUGGAGCUGGAGCGCGACGACCACUUCUGGAAGGGCCUGGGCUACACGCCCAUCAGUAACAUCACCAACCACAUCAUGGAGGAGGUGGCCCAGGAGAUGCACAUGCAGGACCGUCUGGAGAUGUUCGCCAGCGAGGAGGACCUGGAGAACGCCAGCCUGUACGAGCCCUCCAGCUACAUCGGCGUUGUGUUCCUGGACAGCGCCGCCACGUCGUACAGACUACGCUUCCCCUACAACCAGCUGCCCUUACCCAGCGACUACACGGAGUCCAUCGCCAACUGUUUCACCAGCUCGGUGAACUGCAGAGCAGCCAACUACUGGUACUCCGGCUUCAUCCGCCUCCAGUCGCUGAUCGACGCCGCCAUCAUCCAGAUGCAGACCAAGCGCUCGGUGUGGAGCGAGAUGGACCUGAAGGUGGUGAUGAUGGGCCAGCCGGGCUCCGUGGAGGUGCAGAAGUUCCCCCACGCCCUCAUCUCCAUCUACCUGGUCCUGGCCUUCACGCCCUUCGUCACCUUCCUCAUCGUCAACGUCGCGGCCGAGAAGGAGCAUCGCCUGAAGGACACCAUGACCAUGAUGGGGCUCUACGACACCUCCUUCUGGUUGUCGUGGGGCCUCCUGUAUGCGGCUCUGGUGACCACCAUGUCCAUCCUGAUGUCCAUCAUCGCCACCUACACGGCCCUGUUCCCCAACAGCGACUUCUUGGUAGUCUUCCUCCUCAUCUUCCUCUACGGGAUCUCAUCGAUCUUCUUCUCCUUCAUGCUGACUCCGUUAUUCAAGAAGCCCAAGUUUGCCAGCACGGUGGGCUCCAUGCUGACGGUGGUGUUCGGCUGCCUGUCGCUGUUCACCGUGCUGAUGAAGGACUUCCCCCAGCCGCUGGUCUGGCUCCUCUGCCUGCUGUCGCCCAGCGCCUUCUCCAUCGGCAUCGCGCAGGUGGUGUACCUGGAGGCCCAGGGGGACGGCGCCGUGUUCUCCUCGCUGGCCAACGGCCCUCAUCCGCUCUACGUGCCCCUGCUCAUGCUGGUUGUGGACUGCAUCCUCUACCUCCUGUUGGCGGUCUACCUGGACCAGGUACUGCCCGGCGAGUUCGGAAUGAGGAGGUCCUUGGUGUACUUCCUGAAGCCGUCCUAUUGGUCCAGACGCAGGAAGCGCUACGUGGAAGUGAGCUCGCUGUACGACGCGGACGUGAAAGGAGCUCCUGCCGGCGACGAGUCCGUCGAGCCGGUUUCUCCCGAGUUCAGAGGGAAGGAGGCCAUCCGCAUCAACAACAUCCACAAAGUGUACAAGGAGAAGGACAACGUGGUGGAGGCCCUGAGAGGUUUGACCUUUGACAUCUACGAGGGCCAGAUCACGGCGCUGCUGGGCCACAGCGGGGCCGGCAAGUCCACUCUCAUGAACAUCCUGUGUGGCAUCUGCCCGCCCACCAGCGGCUCCGCCUCCAUCUACGGCUCCCCCGUCCAGGAGGUCGCGGACGGCUCGGACAUGAAGCAGCUGGUGGGGAUCUGCCCCCAGUUCAACAUCAUCUUCGACGUGCUCACCGUGGAGGAGCACCUCAGGAUCUUCGCCGCCAUCAAAGGGAUCCGGCCCUCGGACAUCGACGCUGAGGUCACCAAAGUGCUGAAGGACCUGGACUUGGAGAAGAUCAAGACCGCUCAGGCCAAGAACCUGAGCGGAGGCCAAAAGAGGAAACUCUCCGUGGGGAUCGCCAUCCUCGGGGACCCGAAGAUCCUGCUCCUGGACGAGCCCACCGCCGGCAUGGACUCCUGCUCCAGGCACCAGGUGUGGUCGCUGCUGAAGAGCCGCCGGGCCGGCAGGGUCACGGUGCUCAGCACGCACUACAUGGACGAGGCCGACAUUCUGGCCGAUCGCAAAGCUGUGAUCUCUCAAGGACAGCUGAGGUGUGUCGGCUCUUCCAUGUAUCUCAAGGUCAAGUGUGGGGUCGGAUAUCAUCUCAGAAUGUCCACCAGCGAGCGGUGUGAAGCCGAGCAGAUCUCGUCUCUGGUCAGCCGGCACGUUCCCAAAGCGAAGUUAUCUCGACAGCACGAGGCGGAGAUGACCUUCACUCUGCCCUUCGAGAGCAUGGACACGUUUUCAGGCUUGUUCUCGGAGCUCGACCGCCAACCCGCUCUGGGAAUCAUCAACUACGGGGUUUCCAUGACGACGCUGGAGGAUGUUUUCCUCCGCUUGGAGGCCGAGGCCGAAGUGGACCAAGCCGACUACAGCGUGUUCAACCGCGAGCCGCCGGAGGAGGACGGCGACGGCGUCGCAACGGACGACACGGACCAGCGGCUGCUGGCGUUCUCGGACGGCAAGUCGGACGUGGUGUCGGGUCACGCCCUGUGGCGGCAGCAGUUCAGCGCCGUGGCGUGGCUGCACAUGCUCAACAUGCGGCGCGAGAGGAAGGCCUUCGUGUACACCCUGGCCUUGUUCCUGGUGUUCGUUGCCGCCGUGCUCGUCCUCUCUCUGGCCACGGGCAACAUCCAGAUUCACUCCCCCGACCGCCAGUUUCUGCCCGUUUACCUGCUGAAGGGGAACCAGGAGCAGCGGAGGUACGCCACCAGCCUCCUGGUGCAGAACUCCUCGGGAUCCGAUAUUUCCGACUUCAUUCACAACCUGCAGUCUCAGGACAUCAAAGUGGACCUGAUGCAGCAGAGCGACUACAUGGCCGCGGCUCCCCACAGCGCCGCCAUCAACGUGACGGGAUCCAGCAAGGGCUUCAAAUACAGCGUUGCGUUCAACAGCACCACGGUCCACUCGCUGCCGAUGGCCGUCAACAUACUGAGCAACGCUCUCCUGAGAGGCCUGAACGGAACCGGGCCGAUCCGGACCUGGACCAAGCCCUUUGAUUACCAAAUCCCGGACGCCACGUCCUACGCUCUGGUGUACAUCGAGGCCAUCAUACUGGGAAUGCUGGCAGCGGGGAUGCCCGCGUAUUUCGCAAUGGACCACACUCGAGACCGAGAGAUCAAGUGUCGCUCCACUCUUCGUGUCUCCGGUCUGGUGCCGUCUGCCUACUGGUGCGGCCAGGCAGCCGUGGACGUCCCCUUCUACUACCUCAUCCUCUCCAGCAUGACCAUCAUCCUCUUCUCCUUCCACACUGGGAGCCUGCUCACCUCCAGCAACCUCACCUCUGUGGUCCUGUGUACGGUCGGCUUUGGUCCGGCCAUGAUUCUCUUCACUUACGUGUUUUCCUUUGGCUUCGCUCGAGUCCAGAGCAACAGGGAUUUCUUCUCCGUCAUCUCCAUGAUGGUGUGCGUGGUGUCGGCCUCGCUGGUUCAGCUGUCGUUUGUGAACGACAACCCGGAACUGACCAGGAACCUGCACAACAUCUUGUGUUUCUUCAACCCUCUGUACCCUCUCAUGGGCUGCCUCAACUGCAUCACCAAGGCGACCUUCCUGCACUCGCUGUACGAGGAGAACUUCUUGUGGAAGAACCUCCUCAUUUCCGUUAUAGCUCCGUACCUUCAGUGCAUCCUGCUGCUGUUCCUGCUCCGCUGGCUCGAGAUCCGUUACGGAGGAAGGACGGUCGGCAGCAUGUCGUCCAAUUCGAAGCCCAAAGUGGAGAAGAACCUGGAGGAAGGGCCGAGCGAGGAUGAGGACGUCCAGAUGGAGAAGGCCAGAGUGAAGGAGGCCCUCACCUGCCUGUCCUGUGAGGAGAAACCCGCGGUGGUGGUGAGCGGCCUGAGGAAGCAGUACAAAGGCCGGAGAGAAGGCUUCUCUCUCAACAAGACCAGGAAGGUGGCAGCCAAGAACGUCUCGUUCUGCGUUCGCAAAGGUGAAGUUCUCGGCCUGUUGGGCCCCAACGGAGCAGGAAAGAGCACCAUCAUGCACAUGUUGUCCGGGGACACGGAGCCCACGGCCGGCCAGAUCCUGAUGGGGGACUACGGCACGGACUUCCUCCCGGUGGACAAUCCCCUGGAGCAUGUGGGCUACUGUCCUCAGGUGAACCCCCUGUGGCCCCGGAUCACCCUGCAGGAGCACCUGGAGAUCUACGCCGCCGUCAAGGGCCUGAGAGGAGAGGACGUGCCGGGCAUCAUCAAACGUGUGGUGAACGCUCUGGAGCUGAAGGACCACCUCAACAAACAAGCCAAGACCCUGUCAGCUGGACUCAAGAGGAAGCUGUGUUUUGCCUUGAGCAUGAUCGGGAAUCCUCAGAUCGUCUUACUGGACGAGCCGUCUUCAGGGAUGGACCCCAAGUCUAAGCAGCGCAUGUGGAGAGCGAUCCGCGCUGCCUUCAAGAACCGCCAGCGGGGGGCCGUCCUCACCACGCACUACAUGGAGGAGGCCGAGGCCGUGUGCGACCGCGUGGCCAUCAUGGUGUCCGGCCAGCUGAGGUGCAUCGGCUCCAUCCAGCACCUGAAAGGGAAAUACGGACGCGGCUACAGCCUGGAGGUGAAGCUCCGGGAGGAGCUGACGGGGCUCCAGCAGGUGGCGCUGCUGCACAAAGAGAUCCUCCGGACCUUUCCACACGCCUCCCGGCAAGAGAGCUUUGCUACUCUGAUGGUCUACAAGAUCCCCAUGGAGGACGUGAAGUCACUGGCCAAGUCUUUCUCUCAGUUGGAGAGAGCCAAGCAAACCUUCAACUUCGAGGAGUACAACUUCUCCCAGUCGACCUUGGAGCAGGUGUUCAUGGAGUUCGCCAAGGAGCAGGAGAACGAGGAGGAGGAGGUGGGCUCCCUCAGCACCACCUUCCAGUGGCAGCGCCUGCGCCAGGACGCCUCCGUCCCCGUCAACCACGCCGAGAGCGUCGUGCACCAGCUUUAAACUCCGCCCUCGAGACGGGAACCGACCAAUCACGACCCAGCCGGGCCUCGAGCGCCCCGAGGAGCUCACGCCAGCACUCGCCCGCUCCACGCUAGACCGACGCCCACCGGCCUUUUUUAAAUGAAUGGCACCUGUGUGGGGGAGGGGCCUGCAUACACUGGGUGUGUGUGUGUGUGUGUGUGUGUGUGUGUGUGUG